GACGUUUUGUUCUCGUCUCGCAGCUCUGUCCCAACUUGUUCCCACGUAUCAAGAGCAAACGCAUUCAUUCUCCAUACAUCUUAUCCAUAUCACUCAACCGUCAACAUGGUCUCCUCACCCAUAUCCAUGGACACGUAUGAUCCUCACAAGAAGAUCUCACCAGAGGACAGGGAAGCUCGUCACCGAAAGGUGCUCAUGGAGGGAGCAAAGGCGGCGGCGAUUGCUGGUCCUACGGGAUUGGUAGCAUCCCUUCUCGCACAGAGAAAUAUCCGUUUCUAUCAGCGUCUGUCUCUUCCCUUCAAGACAUUUAUCGCCUUGAUGAUUCCCACUGCUGCCUUCUUCACUGUCACUGACCGUGCUGCUAUGCGCGCUGACUUGGAGUACGCCAUGCGCUUCUCUGUUACCAAGAAGGAAGAUUUUGCCAAGCCUGUAGAUGAAGCUGACGGCAACCGGUCAUUGUCCCAGCUUAUACAAAAGUAUCGAUAUCAAAUUGUUGGAUAUGGAUGGGCGGGGACAUUGGGUGCUACCCUAUUGUACAACUGGCGGCGAACAGAUAUUACACGAGCUGUUAAAAUCAUCAAUGCUCGUAUGAUGGCACAAACGUUUGCUUUGGCUGGUGUUGCGGGAAUUGCUGCUUUGGCUGCUACAGCCACCCCUGUCAAGGAAAUUGACCCACACUACAACCGCAUCGUCAACAGCCAAUAGAAUAUAGAAGUCCAAGGGGGCGUGAUAUCUAGAUGCUCUUGACUCUUACACAUUGUUUUUUUUUUUCUUAAUUUAUCUAUGUUCCUUGUGCAUACGGUGUUGAAGGCCGCGAUUCAAGAGACAAGGGUGCUACCAACUGAUGGGAACGGUUACCACAAGUGCUUGGAUCCAAUCUAUUUUGGCCUUUAACCGAAGAGUUGAAUUUAAAAUGUGUCUAAACAAACUAUCAACAAGAACAAGGACUUUCAAAAAUUAAGGUCUAUCAUGUGGCAGCUGGCGGGAGAAGCCCCUCAAGCUCUAGGAAACUGGAAAUGCAAGAAUGAUCAGAAAUCCGUUUUCCACACAGCAUCCAGCAGCAGCAAUUCCUACAUACUUGUGUUCCAUUUUCAAGUAUUCCUGCUCGGCCUUCUCUUCCUCCUCUUCCGACAUCAUAAUGUUACCACCCACAGUAGACUUCGAGUGUGCAGAUCCAGGUGGACCCGCUCCCGCAGAGUUGACGAAGAAAGCAAUGCUAGCCAAAGACAUACUGCUGCGGCAGCCUCCAAAGCAAUUUGCUCGUAUCUCGCUUGUUCUUUGAUCCUAUACUCUUUUCUCCCCCGCACGUAUCCUAGUCGUCGAACUUCACGAUCGAAAAAGGCUCGUACGAAUGCUUUCUGCUCGUGUUGAAUCAAUAGGGUUGUUCGUAAUUAUAUGGAAAAAGGUUGGAUAGAACUCACUUCGUUUUUGGAAGGUUUUGUCAAAUUCCUUGGUACUUCUAGAAUGUGAAGCGUUCCCUCAUCGUCUCCCGCGGCGAUGAACUGGUUGUGGGUUAGAGAUUUUCCUGCGGAUUCAAAACGUGAUUAUUAUCGAUGAUUGUAGAUGCUCUACCACCAAAGAUAAACAAACCUGGGUACUGUCGGACGGCCAGAUACGAAAUGGCACUCCCAGAAAUGUUUUGCACCGACGAAGCGGAAUGCGAUCUACACGUACAUGUUAACGCUCACCACUUGACAUGGACAAAAUCCAACAUGUACAUACCGGUCUAGCAAAUCCCAAACCUCGAUGGUGCCAUCCGCUUUGGAGAUAUAAAACACACCGGGUCGUGUCGGACUCCACCGUCCACAGAUGACGUAGCUGGAUGUUGGCGCGGAGGAGAGGAGUGACCCUCCUGUUACGCCCUCGCGCCAUAUAUGACAUGACCAUCCACCUACACUUAGGAGAAUGUCGGGGAAGAAAGGAGAGCGAUGAAGGUCACUCAUCGGGCCAAAAUGGUAGCUGAAGGCGUGCUCGACUCUUGAUGCUGAAAACAGCAGUUUGAUGAGAUGGGGAAAUGCGACCCAAUCCGCGUAAAUUAGAUCCCCCUCCUCCGUCGAGCAAAAGAAUUUGGAAGAAAAUGUUUCCGGUUUUACUUCUGUCAAUGCAUCCGAUUGGGUUGGUCAAAGGUGUUGUCCAUUGCGCUCAGGGGAACCUAAUAUGCAAUCAACCAACAAUCUCAGACAUUGCAGGUUCAUCGACGACCAGAAGGAUAUCCUACCCGCAAAAACGGCCUCCACACGAGAUCCAGAGCCUUAAAAUCCUUUUUAUAUCUCGUAUCCCAGAACGCGACUUGACCGUCUACCGAAGUCGUGACUAGCUCCCGAUGCCCGUGUUCGCCUUUUUCAAGGAUCUCGCCCGUAUGGCUCAACUGAGCAGAUACAGCUGAUGGGUUAGUUCGAAGUCUCAGAGGCUAGUAAACCAAGCUACCCAAUGCAACACGGACGUAUCCGUGACGCGCUCCCGCUCUUCAGUACCCGAUAAGGAGUUCACAUCCUCGUCGGUGCUGGUAUCGCUCCGACCAGGUUUACGACUCGUUUUGAGUUUAUCGGUGUAUUCGGAUAUGUCCCAUAGCACUAUCUGUUUUGGAGUGUGAGCUUUGUGUACACGAGGAUAUCUUGAAUACAAGACUAUACGAUUUACCUGUCCGUUAA